ACACAACAACACACAACACUACACAACAAUACACCACACUACACUACACUACACAAUACACAACACUACACAACAACACUACACAAUACACAACACUACACAACACCACACAACACUACACAACACUACACAAUACACAACACUGCACAAUACACAACACUACACAACACUACACAAUACACAACACUACACAACAACAGACAACACUACACAAUACACAACACUACACAACAACAGACAACACUACACAAUACACAACACUACACAACAACACCACACAACAGUACACAACACUACACAACAAUACACAACAAUACACACUACACAAUACACAACACUACACAACUCUACACAACACUAUACAACAAUACACAACACUACACAAUACACUACACAAUACUACACAAUACACAACACUACACAACACUACACAACACUGCACAACACACAACACUACACAACAAUACACAACACUACACAACACUACACAUCACUACACAACACUUCACAGCAAUACACAACAAUACACAACAAUACACAACAUUACACAACAAUACACACCAAUACACAACAAUACACAUGAAUAAACAACAUUACACAAGAAACAACAAUGCACAAAAAUAAACAACAAAACAUAGUACACAACAAUACACAACAAUACACAACACUACACAAGGUUACACCCUGUGUUUUUGUGUUCCACCUGUAGGAACCUGUAUCUAGAUAGAACUUCAUUCCUUUGCUGCUUUUCAACAUUCAGUCUAAUCUAUCUGAGUUUUGUACCAGAAUUUACAAAAACAGCUUUUAUCAUUCUAAAAUAUUGUCUAAUAAUUAAAAAUAUAAAAUGUAAAACAAAAGACUGAAGGAGUAUUCUGGUCUAGAAGUCCUAAAUGGAUGAUCUGAGGUCAGUGAUUGGAGGAUAAAGACUCCUGGAUCUGAAGGUUCUGUCUCUGGUGGAUCAGAACUCCUGGAUAGAACGACACCAUGAAGACUGAAGAACCAAGAAACUCUGAGAAAAGGUUGUUGAAAAGCAUCAGUCAGGACGAUACAAGAACAUUUAAAGUUCCUGAAGAUCUCCUGGAGUCCAGUUAAAUCCAUCAUUAAGAAAUGGAAGGAAGAUGGAACAUGAAUAAAUUUGACUAGAGCAGGACGUCCUCAAGACCUGAGAGACUAGAGAGGGAGGCCACCAAGACUCCCAUGACUCCUCUGAAGGAGAAAAAGACUAGAGAGGGAGGCCACCAAGACUCCUAUGACUCCUCUGAAGGAGAAAGAGACUAGAGAGGGAGGCCACCAAGACUCUUAUGAGUCCUCUGAAGGAGAAAGAGACUAGUGAGGGAGGCCACCAAGACUCCUAUGACUCCUCUGAAGGAGAAAGAGACUAGUGAGGGAGGCCACCAAGACUCCUAUGACUCCUCUGAAGGAGAAAGAGACUAGAGAGGGAGGCCACCAAGACUUCUAUGACUCAUCUGAAGGAGAAAGAGACUAGAGAGGGAGGCAACCAAGACUCAUAUGAUUCCUCUGAAGGAGUUCCAACUUCAGACUGUUCAUCCAACAACUGCUGUCUGCUCUUCACCAGUCAAAGCUUCAUGGAGACAAAGAGAAAGACUCUGAUGGAAAAAGCUCCAAUUAAAUCUGGACUAAAGUUCACCAGAAGACAUGUGGAGACUCUGAAGACACCUGGAAGAAGGUUCUGUGGUCUGAGGAGACCAGGAUGAAGCUUUGUGACCAUCAGACUACAUGAUAUGUUUCACAUCAUCACAAACACACCAUCCCCACUGUGAAGCACGGUGGUGGCGGCAUCAUGAUGUGAAGCACGGUGAAGAAGGAGGUAAAACUUCAAAUGUUCAGACUGAUGGAGACCAACAGGAUCCAUGAUGGACCUGAAGGUUCAUCUACUAGAUCCUGAUUGAUGGAGUCACUGAUUUAUGGUUUAUAUUUACUGACAUUAUUUUGGAUGGAUUUAAUGUUGAAAAUUAACAAAUGAGGAAAACCUGCAGAUGAAUCAUUCUGAGACGUAAUGGAGAUAUCUGUACGUGUGUAACUGUGUGUGUGUGUGUGUAUAGGAGUGUGUAGGUGUGUGUGUGUAGGUGUGUGUGUCGGUGUGUGUGUGUGUGUGACUGUGUGUGUGUGUGUGUAUAGGAGUGUAUAGGUGUGUGUGUGUGUGUGUGUGUGUGUGUGUGUGUGUGUGUGUGUGUGUCUCUGUGCGUGUGUGUGUGACUGUGUGUAUAUAGGAGUGUGUAGGUGUGUAGGUGUGUGUGCAUGUGUGCGUGUGUGUGUAGGCGUGUGUAGGUGUGUGUGUGUGUAGGUGUGUGUGUGUGUGACUGUGUGUGUGUGUGUGUAUAGGAGUGUAUAGGUGUGUGUGUGUGUGUGUGUGUGUGUGUGUCUUGGUGCGUGUGUGUGUGACUGUGUGUGUAUAUAGGAGUGUGUAGGUGUGUAGGUGUGUGUGUGCAUGUGUGCGUGUGUGUGUGUGUGUAGGCGUGUGUAACUGUGUGUGUGUAACUGUGUGUGUGACUGUGUGUGUGUGUGUAGGUGUUUGUUUGUGUGUGUGUGUGUAUGUGUGUGUGCAGGUGUGUGUGUGUGUGUGUGUGUGUGUGUGCAGGUGUUAUGGACGAAGUGGAUCCGUCUCCUUUACGGCGUUUCGUCAUUGCUAAGCGUUCGAUCACCUCCAUCUUUGAUCAGCUGCUGGACUUUGUGAAAGAUGGCUCCGCCUUCGUGGAUGAGGCGUGGCGGAGCGACGACCUGGCCCAGGUGGUGGUGGAGGAACAGAGUCUGGAGCUGCAGAGCUGCUUCACCAAACUGUCCACCAUCAGGGAGGUUCUGCUGCGAAGACACAUGAAGGUGGCCUUCUUCGGCAGGACCAGUAACGGGAAGAGCACCGUGAUCAACGCCAUGCUCAGAGACCGGGUUCUGCCCAGCGGCAUCGGCCACACCACCAACUGCUUCCUGAGCGUGGAGGGAACCGACGGAGAUGAGGCCUUCCUCACCACCGAGGCGUCGGCCGACAGGAGCAGUGUCUCUACGGUGAACCAGCUGGCUCACGCUCUCCACAUGGACCCCACCCUGGACUCUGGCAGUUUGGUCAAGGUGUUCUGGCCUAAAAGCCGCUGCACCCUGCUGAGAGACGACCUGGUGCUCAUGGACAGCCCGGGGACUGACGUCACUCUGGAGUUGGACACCUGGAUCGAUAAGUUUUGUCUGGACGCAGACGUCUUUGUUCUGGUGGGAAAUGCCGAGUCGACGCUGAUGAACACGGAGAAACUCUUCUUCCAUAAAGUCAGCGAGAGAAUCUCCAAACCCAACAUCUUCAUCCUCCACAACCGCUGGGACGCCUCGGUGAUGGAGCCAGAGUACAUCGAAGAGGUGAGGAAGCAGCACCUGGACCGCUGUGUCACGUUUCUGGCCGAAGAGCUGAAGGUGGUCGGGCUGGACGAGGCUGAAGGGAGGAUCUUCUUCGUCUCCGCUAAAGAAGUCCUCAGCUCCAGGAUGCAGCAGGCGCAGGGCAUGCCUGAGACAGGUGGUGCUCUGGCUGAAGGUUUCCACGAGAGGCUGAGAGAGUUCCAGAGGUUUGAGAGAACAUUCGAGGAGUUCAUCUCUCAGUCUGCGGUGAAGACCAAGUUUGAGCAGCACACGGUCCGAGCCUGGCAGAUCACUGAGGCCGUCAGAGCUGUGAUGGAUGCCAUCAACAUCGCCGCCGCCGACAGGAAGAUCUGCUGCCUGGAGGACCGGGAGGAGCAGAGGGAUCGGCUGGACUUCGUCCGAGGACAGAUUAACCGUCUGAGUGACAGCAUCAAGGAGAAGAUCAAGACUCUGACGGAUGAAGUCGCUGCCAAGGUUGCGUUGGCGCUCUCGGAUCAGAUCCGGUCUCUUCCGGUUCUCGUGGAGGAGUUCAGAGCCGACUUCAACCCGACGCAAGAUAAUCUGCAGCUCUACAAAACUAAGCUGCAGCAGCACGUGGAGGAUCGGCUGGUCGGCUGUUUGGCUCAUCGCUGUUCGGUCGGAGCCCUCGGAGACGUCAGAGACGCCCAGAGACACAUGAUCGACAGUGUCCAUCCUCUGCUGUCCACCUCGGUCCAGGAGCAGCUGUCCUCUCCGUCCUCCUGCUUCCAGCUGACCUACGACCUCGGCCUGGCGGCGCUCUGUGCUGACUUCAGGGAGAACAUCGACUUCCAGUUUUCUCUGGGCUGGACGGCGCUCGUCACGCGCUUCAUUGGAGUCGCCAACGCCAGGCGGGCCCUGAGCGGCUCCGACGGCCGACUGCAGGAUGGCUCCACCUUCAAGGAUGAGAUGGUGGUUUCCAUAGCAACCCGUCUGGUCUCCGUCACCUCCCGGGCGUCCAUGACGGUGCUGGUGGUUGGUGGAGUGGUGUGGCGUUCGGUUGGCUGGCGUCUCAUCGCUCUGUCCUUCUCUCUGUACGGAGUCCUCUACCUGUACGAGAGACUCACCUGGACCGACGCCAGCAGGGAGCGCGCUCUGAAGCGGCAGUUUGUGGAACACGCCGCCCGCCGCCUCAGAACCGUCGUCCCCGUCACAAGCUCCGCCUGCGGCCAGCAGGUGUACAAGGAGCUGUCUGCGACCUUCAGCCGUCUGACCCAGAGAGUGGACCUGAGCGAAGCCGAGUUGGAGGGAACCAUCCGCCAGCUGUGCUUCAGGAUCCAGAGACUGGAGAACGUCCAGAGGAGGUCCAAGGCCUUCAGGAACCGAGCGACGGAGCUGGAGACGCAGCUGGAGGCCUUCUCUGUUCACUACCUGCAGGGAAACUGAAGGAGAAGAACUGCUGAGAGUCUGACUCACCUGUCUGGAUGAAGACCUCUCUGCUGCAGAUGUCCAGAUGUUUCUCCUCCUGAUUCUCUCUGCACAUGUAGAAUUAUCUCUGAUCGCUAAAAUUAAUAAAGAAAACCGUUUUAAAUUCA